AUGAAACGCGGAAAAACCAAAUCAGAUGUGACCAUCGAAAAAGCGAAAUCUGACACGACGACUGUCGGAGAAGUCUACAUACCCCCUCUCGAUGUUCUAAGUAUACGCAUUUUAGGACUUCGCCUACCAGACGAAAAUCCUAAGAAAUUCGCUAUCAAAGUCGUAUUUUAUGAUCAACUUUUAAUUUCGGCUAUCAUAACAUCAGUAGGGCACAGAGAGAAUGCUAAAGAAAGGACCCUAGCGAAGGGUUUUAUGAAUUACGACCCUUCUGACUAUGAAAAAAUGUGUACAUUUGCUGAUAAUCCUUUGACAAUUAAAAUCCAGUCUUUAGAAAAUAUAGAAAUGCAAAUGGUAUACGAUAAGACGGCAGAAGAAAAUGGCACGCUAGAUCAAGAGACAAAAGUAGCAGUGAAGCCAAAAUUAGAUAUAUUUUGCUGUAAUAUUAAUAUUCUGUCAGUUUUUACAGGCAAAAAUAAACUAUACUUAAGACAAAGGCUGCGCCCAAUGAUUGAGCCACGAGCGAGUCAAGCAAAGAGUUGGGACAAUUUACCCUUAGUUACACUCGAAAUAUCUGCAUUUCGUAAUCCCGCUAAUAUAAAACACCAACAAUUGUUAAAAGAUGCUAAUUUCAUGACAUUCACUCUCAUCGGAAGCUUCAAUAUGCACGUUCCUUAUGAUGAUGAACUCGUGUACACAGCAGCCACCAAGAUGCCAAUAUAUAAUGAUCAGAAUUGCAACCUCUACACAUUUAAUCAGGGAAACAGGAUUGCCAAAAGAUCAAAUACCUUAAAUUUUUUUUCUGACUGGGAAAGUUUAAGACUUGGAGACGAGUACUUCACUGAGGGAGAUGAAAGGUUCACAGCCUCACUUGGCGAUUUUCAAAAUGAAGACAAGCUUGAUUUGAAAUAUUAUGUGGAAGAGGGAUCGAAUUUGCAUAAGACCGUUUGGAAAUCCUUUCACAAAACCUUAAUACUGAACGAAACUGAGAAAUGGUUGUCGGGUCAUUUGAGGCGAUACAAAUGGCCCCUUGAAGUACACAUGUAUGGGGAAAAUAACAGCGGAUACAGCUUUAUGGGAUUCAUUGAUUUGUUCACGCUUCUAUAUCCUGGAGAAACAAAAGCCCGUAUAGCAGUACCACUUCAUUGGGCAAACUCGGAGCUUAUUAUGGAGAAGUGUGGCUGCGAAAACCUUCUACCGCCAAGCGACAAGUGUCCUUCGUCCUUCAUUAGCGUCCAGAAAUCUAGCAAAGCAACCACUGCAUCGAAUCAAACAAGCCCAAACACAAGUACUUCAAGGACGUUAGGCAGACCAACUGGUAGUGACGAAAACCCCGCUUUUGUCCUUUUGGAAAUUAAAUUGGCGAGGCCUUUUAAAGAAGCCGUUAUUCCAGCACAUAUCACUCAGUCAGAAAUAAAUAAAAUGCUUAGUGGCUUUGAGGCAAUACCGAGCAAGAGGGAAUGUUCUAGUAGGGGUCAAACGGAUAAGAAUUGGCUGUCAACUGUAAAAUUGGCAAAUACCUCUUUACGACGCGUGCCGUACUUUGGUGUAACAGAUAUUUGCCUUAUGGAUCGACAGCUAGCUGGUACAAGAACUCGUCUAGAAAUCCUAACAUCAUUUUGGCAAGACGCCGCUAUAUAUGUGAACAAUAAUUUUGUUAUCAACAAUUUUCUUGACACCGAUGAAAAGCUAGAAGAAAUGACUAUGAUGGCCCAUUCGUGUCUUAUGCGUAUGUCCAGCGAUUAUCUUAUCAAUAAAGACCAUCGCCAGGAAUUGGAACCCACCCUCAGAGCGGCCAGGAAUGCACGUCAGCUCAAAGAUAUUAAGCAUGCAGCAAACCUUUAUUUGCAGACUGUUGUGAAAGCCCCCAGCGAGCCAGACCUUUGGCGGGAACUGUCAACUUGCCUCAAAGAUAUUGACAUAAAUGCGGCUAAUGUCUGUAUCAAUAAGUCUAUCCUUCUUAAUCCUCGACAUCCUUUAAGUCUAUUAUCCAAAGCCUGCAUGAUAUUCAACGAAGACCCAGAUGACGCUGAACCAUUCUUUGUCUCGCUGCUUUGCCUUCAUCCAUUUUACAAAGUUCUAUGGGUUGCUGCCAGUGCUUAUUAUUGGCACAGAGAACUAUUUCACAUAUCUACAGAAAUUAUCAACUACGUACGAAGAAUAGAGGCAGAAGGGCUGGCGGAAGACUUGCCUUACCCGCGUGCCUGGGAAAGAGAACUGGGCGAUUGGUGGGACCACACACCACUCCUACCGGGGACGAAUCGGUAUUAUGAUGCUGCCGAUCUUCUUUUACGUAUUCGAGCAAUACCCUUAGCAGAGGUAUGCCUCGCACGUGCAUUGACGGAAGUCGGUGAAUCUCCAGUUUACCAACACUUGCUAGCUCUUUGCACGCGUCUACGCAAGGAUGUCGAUACCGCACUUUGCCAUUUACAAUACGCUGUUGGAAAGUAUGGAGAUGUAAACUAUUUGCGAAGUCUCGAAGGGGAGUGUCAUCACAGGAAAAAGGAUUUCGCAAAGUCCAAAGAGAGUUUUGAGAAGGCUGGCAGCUGCCUGGGUGCUUACAGUAUUCUUCUAUCGUUACCGCGUCGUGAGUCCCAACGUAUAAGAGCAAUGUUGACGGAUCUCAUUCGUCGACAGCCCAGCGCGUACGCAUGGAUGAGCCUAGCCGACGACUGGGUGACGCGUAGCAGCGUAGGCGAAGGUGGCGACGCGGGCGCAACCGACGAGCAGGCUACGGCGAUCUCUUGUGCUAUUGCCUGCGCGUGCCAGGCACUGAAACUGGACAGACAGGCGGGUCGUGCCUGGGCACUUCUAGCUAAUACUGUUAAACCAAGCGCACGAAGGCUGCAUUGCGAGAAUAUGGCUAUAUUGUGUGGAUACAGCAAGCAGCCGGGAGAGAAGAAAAAUUACGCGAGCGAGUCAAAACAGUCACUCUGUUACCGCGUUGGAAAAUCACUUCGUGAAUGUGUAUGCGAUAUGUGUGAAAAUUUGACUCUAUAA